AAUGCGCCUUUUGACUGUCAGUAGUCCACAACGGGUGGCUAGCACCACGGUAGAAUCACCCGUUGCAACAAGUGUGCAUCAGGCGAGGUAUAUAGGCGCUCUACGCACCAGCCGGUCCAUUGGCUUUCUCUCUUCACCGGAGCAUGGGACCACUGGUCCUUGCUGGCUGCGAUGCAUGCGGAACCUCCGGCGCAGUGGCAAUUGGGUGAACCGCCAUGUUCCUGCCGCAUGUUCGUUUUCGUUUUUCUUUGAUAUACGAUGUGUGAGGGUUUGUUGGUUGUUGCUUUACGUCGCUGAAGGAUUUUCGGAUGCCCUGAUGUGUUUUGGUCCGGCGUCUGUGAGUUCAACUGCUACCACCCUAUCUCGUGUUUGGCCAACUAGCUCCGGGGGAAAUAAAGAAUAACGCCGGAUCCAGCACCAGGUAUCAGAUGACAUGCUGCGUGGAUUUCCUUUUCCGGAAGAGACCGAUUGGACGUGUCAUCCUCCGCGUCACCGGGUGUGAUGUGACUGGUGGCAUGUGCGUGGCAAACGAAACGGCAGCUCUGAAACGAGGCAUUUCCGGUGGUAAUCGUUGCCGGAUUUCAGAUUCCUGGGCUGUUCAAGUUUUGGUCGAUUGAUAUGGCUAAUUAAGCCUCAUUAUUCCUCAUGUCCGGGGCGCCCCCCUGAAGUGACAUGCAAGGCGGGACCAUCAUUAUUGAGUGUUCGCAGCUGGUCACGCUACUGGCCUGAUGGUUACCAUGGUGGUAGGGACAGCAUUUUCCCUGUCUCUGACAAGCGGUUCUGGGUUUCAAAAUCCUGCGACUCCGUUACAACUGGCACAUAGGGAUGCUCGCGCGUGGUCGUUUAUGGAGUCGGAUGUUGUGCAAGUGUCUCCGGUAUAGAUCUGUUUUGUGAGAUUGAGCUGUGCUGGUAACCACACAGCUGGUACAAUGCGUACGUGUUGUGCACAGUGCGUGAUAACAAGGAGGGUGCACUAUCUUUCCUUCUCUUCAUCUGUUUCUCAGGCUUGGCAGAAAAUCGUGCCGUCGUUUGGAAAACCAUCCUGCAGUGCUCUCAAUGCCGCAUCUGCAAAUCCGCCGGUCGUUUUAUGUCCCAGGUGCUGCUCGUGUUCUUGCUUCAUUGACAAAACGAUCGAGCGCAUCCACUCAGAAGUAUGGUACGACAGAGUGGGACGGUAGUCACACGCUCAACCAUGAUUCCCGUCUCUGCGUGCCAGCUGAGAAAGUCAAAAGCGAAACUGGGUGGGAAACGCCUCCCGCGGGGUGGCCUUGCAGUGGUCAAACAGGAGAUUUUGUGGGCAUUUGCAACGAACCCGGCUCGAAGAACCCUGACCAGCAGUUGUCGCACGUGACGACAGGGAUGGCAGAGAAAUGUGGGGCAAGCACAGUUGUAAACACCAGCGUGAUGUCAUCGCCAGUUGAAUCACGGAAUUCGCUCAGGGACUCAGUUGAAGUCGCUUGUCAAGAAUUAACAUCUCCUUCGGUGAAGGGGAAGAUAGCCCGGGCUGUAGCUGACACCGAAGUACUCGUUUUGACGGCAGGUAGGUCAUCGGGAAAGGCUCCAUUCGGAAGCGAAGACUCCCAUGACAGAAUUCGGUCGUCUUCAGCCCGAUCGGCGCUCUCACUAAAGGAAAAUCGCGUUUCGGAUGGCGGUCCCAGCCGAAGACAUCAAAAGCAAGGUUUUCAUCAUGAAUCUCGUCGUGCUGCAGCUGCUGGAAAGCUCACUAGCAAGAAGGAGCGUCCGUAUCAGGAGAAAGCUCGCCUCUUCUUGAACGGGGAAAUGUCUGCAACCCUGUUUGUGGAGUUAGGGAUUGCAACAUCCUGUAGAAAGGGUCUGAAGAAGGGCUUCUUUAAUCAGGAUGACUUUUUUGCAUAUCAGUGCGAUGAAUGGGGGCUGUAUGGAGUGUUUGACGGGCACGGCCCUGGAGGUCACUUGGUGGCAAACUUUGUCCAGUGGCACCUACCGAAUAUCAUUCACGAAUACAUGAUUACGAGUGAGCCGAGGGUGGCACUCCACCGUGCAUUUGUUGAAGUGAAUUCUAUGUUAACAGACGCUUCUGAGGCGCAAAAGUUCGACAGUGCCUCAAGUGGGUCAACGGCGUCUGUCGUUCUGCAUCGACGACAAGAGCGCAAACUUUUCUUGGCGCACGUGGGAGAUUCCAGGGUUGUUUUGGCCAGGCGGAACCACCAGGGGAGACUUGUUGCCGACUGCGUGACGAAAGAUCACAAACCAGAUGAUCCAGUGGAGCGAGCUCGAAUAGAACGACAUGGUGGAGAAGUUCGACGUCCAACCGGCCAUAUACCCCACCGUGUGUUUCUGAAAGGCAAGAACUAUCCAGGGCUUGCCAUGUCACGAUCCAUAGGCGACUCCAUGGGUCACUGCGCCGGGGUGACUUCCGAACCGGAUAUUUCAGACAUCGAUCUGCUAGAGGAUCGGGACGAAGUUGUGAUCAUGUGCACGGACGGGGUGUGGGAGUUUAUGACUCCAGAUGAAGUGGUUGAUAUAGUCAGCCGCUAUAGCAUAUAUCAGGCCGACGAAGCUGCCCAAGAACUUAGUCGUGAAGCGUGGAAGCGCUGGUUAGAGCAGGACGGUCAUUCUGUUGAUGACAUAACCGUCCAGAUCAUCCACCUUUUCCCUCCUGCUGAAGAAAAGCAUCCGCGAUGGAGCUGAAACGUGGGGUCGAAUGACAGGGGAGUUAGCGAACGCACUUUUAUUUAUUUCUGUCGUCCACGUAGAAGUUCCUUGAUUACUAGGGGACAAGUGUGAUUUCGUCCAAUUUCCCGUGUCCAGUGUUACCAAGAAACAUGACGCAUGAAACAGCUUCUUUCUUUAAUCUUGGGCGCCCUUCUCGAAAUUGAACUUCCACACAACAGGAGAUACGACAUAGUCCCCACAUAUAUCGGGUGUGGACUUGGCGAUAAACUCUCCAUCUAGGGACAGUCUAGCUGUAACAUGGAAUUUUCUUUGCAUAGCAGGAGAGCCCCACUUUUUCGCAGUAUAGGGGGAGACGUUCGUCACGGGGCUGCGGUGUAGGCCCGUAGGUCCCCGAAGAAACGCUUUCGUGAACGACUGAGUGCUCUCAGACGUGACUUGAAGAGUUAACUGCUGUAAAGAAGUCGUAGCUCCCGUAACAAGAAGUGAAAGCUGUAGACUUAUUGUCGUCACUUUCAUAAAACUGAAACGAACGUAAAUGAACUGCAAUGCGAUACUACGAGCCAGCCGUUGUGGAGUGCUGGCGCUGCGGCAC